CCAUUCUCCAAUAACGAUCAAUACACAAAAAAAAAAUGUUAAUAAAUAACAUAACUUAGUAGUGUUGAAUGUUGAUAACGAUCAAUACUAAAAAAACAUAACACGAGAAGAAUUUAUUACGGUGUUCACAAAAUUAUCAUGUUAGCAAUGAACAUCACAAAUAAAAUUACCAAUGCAAUUAAAUAAUUUACAUGACACGACCGAUUCAUUAAUAAUAGAGAGCAAAAGAUUGAGAGCUAGAACAUAAUGAUUAACAAUGUUGACCAAAACAGUUUGUAAAGGCCCACCGAAUGAUUAAUAAUAGAUAGCAAAAAGGUUCCAGACGAGCAAAAAUUGAUUAACAAUGGACACCAAAAAAUUAAAAAUAAAUACUAUUGUGCACCGACUAAUCCCAUGCAUCGACGCGACGAAAAAAUGUCACAAAUACGAAAUGAAUAUUGGAGACGGAAAAAUUGACGUGCACAGAUGAUUAACAACGGACACAAAUAAUUGACUUGCAUGACAAUUUGAUUAAUAAUAGAGUGCAAAAAAGUUGAAAACGAGCACGUAUUAAUUAAUAAUAGAGACACAAGACGGUUUCCAAACGCCCACGGAAUGAUUAAUAAUGGAUGCCAAAUAGGGAUGGCAAAAGUAUCCGUAACCGUGGAUAUCCACCCGAAUCCGAUCUAAUCGGGUAGGGUAAAACCCGAACCCGAAGCAUUUUUCGUGGGUACGGGUAAAACCCGAACCCGAAUAUUGCGGGUAAUGGGUGGGCAUGGUUAUCUCACUAUCCAACCCGAACCCGCCCGAUUAUACACAUGCAUAUGUAUUUGGUCUAGAAAUAAUCAUUAUUUUUCCCUAGAAUAUUUUAUAUUUAGCAUAUAAAUAUAAUAUUUUUAUGAAAUUAUGUUGUUUUAAUUAAUUUUCGUCAUUCUAGUGAAUUAUUGUCGUACUUUCCCUCUUACGCAAUGUGAAUAUACGUGUGAAUGUUAACAUAUUGGGUGGAAUUAUAAGGAGAAAUUAUUACCCAUGGAUAACCGUGGAUACCCGAAACCCGAACGGAUAUGGGCAUGGUUUUGAUUUUCUACCCAUUUCUCGUGUGGGUACGGGUAUGGAUAAAACCCGAACUACAUUGAGUAGGGUAACGGAUAUGCACUAUCCGCCCCCGACCCGACCCAUUGCCAUCCCUAAUGCCAAAAGGUUGAGAACGAGUGACAAUGGAUAGAAAAAAUAUGUAAACGUCCACGAAAUUAUUAAUAACAGAAACCAAAUAAAUUAAAAAUGGACCUACCAUUGUGCAGCGCCUACUCCUCCCAUGCAACGACAAAACCCUAAUCUCAUGCAUCGCCAAAACCCUAAUCCCAUGCAACGCCAAAAAACCUCAAAAUAGCGGGCAAAAAAAUCGGAGACAAAAAAAUACCUUAAAACGCGGCCGCCGAAGGGAGACUGAGAGUUGAAACGAGAGAGAGGGAGAACUCGAACCGUCGGCCUAAUGUUGUGCUUUGCCGACGAAGAAGGGACGAUAACUCGAGCGACGCCGGAGAACUCGAAUCGAAUCGUCGUCACGACGACCGGAGUGGGAGGGAGAACUCUUGCUCGAGAAGGGACGACGACGGAGAACUUGUGCUUUGACGGAGAAGGGACGACGGAGAACUCGUGCGUUGACGGAGAAGUUGGUCGACGCGGCCUGGAACGACGGAGAAGUUGGGACGACGAAGGAAUAAUAAACAGAUGAAUACCGUCGGGUUAGGGUUUUAUUAAAAAAAAUUAGGCAAGUUUUAAUUUAAUUGUAUUCUCCUUAAUACCCCUAACAACUUUUUAACUAAUAACUCCCUACUAACUACCUAAUCUUGAAUUAGCCAAUGAGAAGGCUUUAAGUUCUUCCUUAAAAAAAGGACUUAAGGACCAGAACUUAGGCCAGGGAAGAUGACAGGUAGGGGACCUUUCUGAUUUUUCGUAAGAUGUUUUCGUUUACCAAGUUAAUCUUUUUUGUUUGAUACUAAUUUUUUUUUGUCUUGUUUUAAUUUUGGCUGUCUUUGCAGGUUGUGGAUUAAAGUGGCUUUUGUCAAAUUCUAUAAAUAAUUGGUAGGAAUUAAUGUUUUUUAAAUGGAUUGAAAAUUAGGAAUUUGGAUGAGGAUUAAAAAUUGGUACUUGGUAGUGUAGUUAUCUUGGGAGAAUCUGAAUUUUUGGGUUGACGAUUGAUGUGGACCAGCAUAAUUUGCUCACGAACCAGUAAACAACACCAGAAAAAAAAAAGUUGCGACCUAUACUAAAUUAAACUAGAAAUUUUUUUGGGGAUAACUAAAAGAUAAAGUUCCCGUUGCUAAAGCUUUAUCACCUUUGGCGACAAUAUUUCUGUGACGCACAAUCCGAUGCAAAAUAACAAUUUUCUGCAAUGCAGGUCCGUUCCUCGUCAUAUUACCAUUCUGCUAUGACAUGUUAGUCACUGAAUUAUCGAUCUUCAGCAAAGAAUUCGAUAUUUUUUAGAUGAGCUAGUUAUUUUCGGCACUGAAUGUGUUAUGACAUUGUAUAGACAGUGGCGGUUGUAACUUUUUGCGACACAAGAAUUCGUCACGGAACACUUUCUGCGACGAAUUUAGUACUUUCUGCAACGAAAAUGGUUGAUCCUUUCAAGGAAAAUGGCCGACCGACAAGAGUUAAUGAUAUCUUUAUACUUCAUACUACAUCGUGGAGAGUGCUCUAAAAACAAUGAAGCCUGCGAUUACACCUUAAAGGUUUACCAGACAGCCGAUGUGGUCAACCUGUUGAUCCACAAGUAUUGCACGAACAUGGGUAUUUGGAGUGUCACAGGAUACCACUAAAAUUGUGGUAAAACGAUUAUUCAAUCUCAAUAGUAGUUUACAUAUAGAUAAAAAAAAAUUAUAUAAGUGAUAGACUAGAUGAUUUGUUCCAGCUCUCUCUACGUACUGAUGAUCGAUGUCACAGAUGGAAAAUGACUUCGACAACGGGAGGCCCAAGGGGACAUAUUGUGAAAAAUAUGCAUAGACAGUGACGAGAAUGAAACAGACGGGAGGGAGGAUAAUGCUAGCUUUUGAUCAAGAGGUUUGGUACGGUUUGUUUGUUUGUUUUUUUUAGCCAUCACAUAUAUCAACAAAUUAAUCAUUUAAACACAAAGAUUGAUAUGUGUUAGUAAAUAAUAUAAAACUAGAUUUCGACUAAAUAAUCAGAAAUUUCCUCUUGAUAGUAAUAUAUGUAUGUUAUAUAUCUAAAUUCUAGAUGUGAAAAUAUACCGAAUUCGUCUCUGAAAAAAUCAAAAUAGAACUAAAUAAUAUUAAUAUAAUAUUAAUACAAUAAUAGCAUAAUAGCUAGGUGGGAAGAGCUUGGAAGAAAUGAAUACUUAAAAUAUCU